GCGUGCUCCAGCUGAUGGUGUGCCUACGGAGAUCAGCCAUGGUCCCUUAGGGAACCCAGAAGACCUUUCAGUUUGAGAUGUGCCACUUUGGCUGGAAUGGGAUAAUGGAUGUGGCUAAGAAACCCAAGCUUCCUCGCAUCUUUGCUUUUCUGGCUCUGUGGCUACAUGGGAAGCGCCGUGCGGAACCCUGCAGCCUGACUCUGCUUUCUCCAAACAGUAUCAGCGACAUGAAGGAAGGCUCUGUCCAAGAAUACACCAUCACAUACCUUGUGAAAGAAGGGUCUGAGAAGGCUCAUCCAUCACAGUUUGAGCUGCUUAAAGUCCUCGGACAGGGUUCUUUUGGCAAAGUCUUCCUUGUCCGAAAAAUCACUCCGCCAGACAAUGGGCACCUCUAUGCCAUGAAAGUCCUGAAGAAAGCAACUCUGAAAGUACGUGACCGCGUGAGGACAAAAAUGGAAAGGGACAUCCUAGUGGAAGUAAACCACCCAUUCAUUGUGAAACUCCAUUAUGCUUUCCAGACAGAGGGGAAAUUGUAUCUCAUCCUUGACUUCCUCAGAGGGGGAGACCUCUUCAUGCGCCUUUCCAAAGAGGUAAUGUUCACUGAGGAAGAUGUGAAGUUCUACCUUGCAGAGUUGGCAUUGGGCCUCGGACACUUGCACCGUCUGGGAAUUGUGUACAGAGAUCUUAAACCAGAGAAUAUUCUCCUGGAUGACGAAGGGCAUAUCAAACUUACAGACUUUGGUUUGAGCAAAGAAGCCAUUGAUCAUGAGAAAAAGGCAUAUUCUUUCUGUGGGACUGUGGAGUACAUGGCUCCGGAAGUGGUGAAUCGCCAAGGCCACACUCAGAGUGCUGACUGGUGGUCAUAUGGGGUAUUAAUGUUUGAGAUGCUGACGGGGGCCCUGCCUUUCCAAGGGAAGGACCGAAAAGAGACUAUGACUCUCAUUCUCAAAGCAAAGCUGGGCAUGCCCCAAUUCCUGAGCUCUGAAGCACAGAGUCUCCUGCGAGCCCUUUUCAAGAGGAACCCAGCCAACAGGUUAGGGUCUGGUCCUGAUGGUGUUGAGGAAAUCAAGCGUCACCCUUUUUAUUCCACCAUUGACUGGAAUAAGCUCUUUCGCCGCGAAAUCAAGCCGCCUUUCAAACCUGCUGUGGGUCGUCCUGAUGACACCUUCUACUUUGACAAAGAGUUUACCUCCCGCACACCAAAAGAUUCCCCUGGGAUUCCACCUAGUGCAGGGGCCCAUCAGCUCUUCCGAGGCUUCAGUUUUGUGGCUACUGGCAUGAUAGAGGAUGAGAAGGCCAAAUCGCCACCAGUGCCUUUACAUUCUGUAGUACAGCAACUGCAUGGCAAGAAUCUCCAGUUCAGUGACGGUUACAUUGUGAAGGAGGCCAUCGGUGUCGGUUCCUAUUCAGUGUGCAAGCGUUGCAUUCACAAGACAACAAACACAGAAUAUGCUGUCAAGGUCAUUGACAAGAGUAAGCGAGAUCCCUCAGAGGAGAUUGAGAUACUCCUACGGUACGGACAGCACCCAAAUAUCAUCACACUGAAGGAUGUGUAUGAUGAUGGCAAGCAUGUUUAUCUGGUGACGGAGUUAAUGAGAGGUGGGGAGCUGCUGGACAGAAUCCUCAAGCAGAAGUGUUUCUCUGAAAGAGAGGCCAGCUCUGUCCUACACACGAUUUGUAAGACUGCGGAAUACCUUCAUUCCCAAGGGGUGGUUCACAGAGACUUGAAACCUAGCAACAUUCUCUACGUAGAUGAGUCUGGAAAUCCAGAGUCCAUUCGUAUUUGUGACUUUGGCUUUGCCAAGCAGCUGAGAGCAGACAAUGGGCUCCUCAUGACUCCCUGCUAUACUGCCAACUUUGUGGCUCCAGAGGUUUUAAAACGUCAAGGCUAUGAUGAGGCCUGUGAUAUCUGGAGUUUAGGGAUCCUUCUCUACACAAUGUUGGCAGGGUACACUCCAUUUGCAAAUGGGCCCAGUGACACCCCUGAGGAAAUCCUUACUCGGAUAGGUGGGGGAAAAUUUUCGCUCAAAGGAGGGAAUUGGGACACAGUUUCUGAUGCAGCCAAGGACCUGGUAUCAAAGAUGCUCCAUAUUGAUCCUCAUCAGCGCCUGACAGCCAGGCAAGUCCUCCAACACCCGUGGAUUACUCAGAAAGACAGGUUGCCCCAGAGCCAGCUGAGUCACCAAGAUGUGCAGCUUGUGAAGGGUGCCAUGGCUGCCACGUACUCCGCGUUGAACAACUCCAAGCCAGGUCCCCAGCUGAAGCCCAUUGAGUCCUCCUUCCUAGCACAGAGGCGGGUCAAGAAGCUCCCAUCUACCACACUGUGACAUGGAAAUGCUGGGGGCUUCCAAAACCCCCAACCAGGGCUGCUCCUCUGACAAGCUUCCUUGGAUUUCCAUGGGAACAGGAAGAUGUUGUCCCAGCAAGACACCAUUUUGAGGCACAUCCUCGAAUAUGUAUCAAGGCCAAGUGCCUUCAGAAAGACUAGCUCUUGCUCUCCCCAUGAAUUCCUCUUUUUUGUUUUUGUUUUCAGUGUACAGAGAGAUUAUUUGUAAAGGGAUCUAUAUAGUGUAUCUUGAGAAGCUGAACACACAUCAGUCCACAGUUUGUUGCCAUGACAUAGCCAGUCUUUUCUGCCUACAGACAGGCAAGCAUUGGACAAAUUGAUGGCUCUGAAAUCCUAACCUGGUAAAGCUGGAUCAUGUUCUACUUUUCCCUCUUGCCAGUCAUCCUAACAGAGGCUUUUUCGUUUUUUACAGGAUCCCCCCCCCCCUUUCUACAGAUGCUCUCUCUUUUACCUAAUCUAUGAGAUCUGGUAUGCGCAAGGUUCUUUAAUUUCAUGUUCCCAAUCUUCCAAGCCAUGCAACUGCAAUCCAAGAGGACUUUGAACAAAUAUAUCUUUUCUUUAGCCAUCCUACCCCUCUUUGGACGUCACACUGUCAUGGACAUCCCCACUUGCAGCACUGGGAUUAUUAAUCAUUUUCCAUCUCUUUGAAUGCAGUUGAUUCUUAGACUUCUGCCAGACCAUAGCUAGCUUUUGAACAUGCAAUGAGCUUAUAAGAAAACUGUUUCCCCAUGGGGAGAUGUUCGGUUUUCUAGGUGGGAGAAGUGUCUUUUGUUUUGAAAACAAACUAUGUCAAAUAGCACAAGUCAGAGCCUCAUCAUGUGACGUGCAAAAAAUCAGCUUGGCUCUGUCUUUUUUUUUAAUUUAACUGAUUUUGUGUCUGGUAACUCAGGGUUUCUGUCUGAAUUUUCAAAUAAAACGUCAUGCAGUUGGAGUUGUUUUUACUAAUGGACCCCAUACUCUCCACUCCAUCCCUGUUGUGCUUUUGAUGUGGUGGUCCAGUUCUCUUACAAAGGAGGAGAAUGAAGGGAUCCACAGAGCUUGGGAAAGAAAUUGGGUACUUAUGCUAUUGUAAACUGACUUACACUCAUGUAAAGGUGCAUUGUGAUGUUGAACGAUACGUGUAUUCUCGAAAGGGGAGCAAAGAUAUAACUAUGUCUUCAAGAUUGUUGUGAAAAUGGAGCCUGCAGCAUGGCUAUUUCACAACCAUCCUGAUGCACAUAGGGAAAUGGGAACCCUUGUUGCACAAUGGGACAUCUUGCCCAUAACUUGUUGGUUGUUAUGUGCCUUCAAGUUAUUUCCAACUUACUAUGACCCUAAGGCAAACCUAUCAUGAGGUUUUCUUGGCAAGUUUCUUCAGAGGGGGUUUGCCCUUGGCAUUUUCUGAGGUCUAUGACUUGCCCGAGGUCACCCAGUGACUUUAUAUGGCUGAGAGAGUUGAACCUUGGUCUCCAGAGUCAUAGUCCAAUGCUCAAACCAAUACACCAUACUGGCUCUGAUGCAUAUCAUCACAAUUCACUACAGUGGUUACAUAUCAUGUUAGCAAUGCAGCUCAUGCAUCGUAAAGUUACGCUUUGAAAUCUGUGGUGCAGAAUCUCAGCCAUUAUCUUAGGCUUCACUUGGUGGACCUUAUUGGAAAGGCAGAUUUAAAAAAUGGUUUCCAGGUCUGGGAAAUAAAAGGCCUUUCACAGGUCUACAUUGCAAGGUAAUGAGGAAGAUGUGAAUGCACCAGUGUUACAGGCUGCAGGCAAGGGCUGUCCUCAUCCUGCUGGUACACACACACACAGCUUGGACCAAAGUUGGCCGGUGCACAAAUGUUAAGAAAUAAAUGGAAAGUAUUAACUGCAACAUAAAAAGAUCUAUAAAAAUAACAUUUCUGACUGUUGCUGCAUCAUGUGAAAAAUAGCUGGAUGGAUUUUCCCCACAUCUGGAAGGUAUGUUUGAGAUUACCUUACUAUAUUGUCAUACAUGAUAUGUAUGAAAAUCACUUUGGGGGACCUUGGGGGCAACUCUUUUUCACUCAUGGAAGAGUAAUAUGGCAUAUCAUUUGAAAGAAUUCAACAAGCCCAAUAAUUUUUUUUGAACUUGUGAUGUAACUAUAUAAGUAAAGCUGCAUUUUAAGCAUCAUGCAUAAAAUGAUAGAUGGGUUUUCACCAAAUUUGAAAGGAAUGUUUGGGAUGGUCUGACUUAACAUAUAGGUUAUGUGGCAUAUAUAAAAUUCAUUUGCUGAGUUGGAUAGCACCCUAACUGUUUUUUCAUUCAGAGUAGUGUGUUGAACAGAUGACUAGAUGAAUGCUGUCUCAGGGGCAGAUUGAUGCGCAACAUGAGGAAUGUUUGAACACUGAAAGACGCAGGCACUCUUUCUUCAGAGGUGUUUAAACUAAAUUAUUAUUAAGAAUGGUUAACGAUUCUCUUGAACAACAUUAGGUACAACAGCUUGCAAUGAAUAACCACUAUCAUAGCUGCAAAUGAAAGAUGGUCAGAAUCCGGCCUGUACCCAAAACAACAUACCAGUACCUGCAUUGUUUGUACAUGGCAUCAGCCUAGCAUAUUGAUUUAUUCUGGUUAUAAAACUGUAUUCUUACCUCUUUAGCCAUGCACCCAUUUUAUCUCUUCUUUAAAAUGUAUUCUGAAUUUA